AUAUUUUCAAUUAUCUGUUACAUUACAUAAAAAAACGAGCCUCCCAUCCCAUGUUUGAGACUGACGCUCGUGGGGAUAAAGUGAUUCAUGUCCGGAAAACUCACGGCGGUGACGAUUACGGUGGUUCCGGGGGUGCUGCGGAAGUCAGCGCUGAGGCAUCCGGCGAUACAGGAUCGCUACUUCCAGUAUUUGGGCUAACUUUAAGCUUCUGCUAUUGGCCGGGAAGAGCCAGAAUCCAAGCAAGUUCAAACGGAUUCAGCUGUUUCUUUGGAUUAUUGGGCAUAGAGAAGGAUUUGCGUUCGUGAAAUUGAGCUCCGUCCCUUGCUGCACGCGUUCCUCUCUCUCUCUCUCUCUCUCACGGCUAUCAACUGCGCCGUCUCUCUAUUUUUGCACUCGUUUCUUUAGGUUCGCACUCGUCUCUCAUUCUCUUGCCACCCAAAGGUCCUGCCUCGCCCACCCAAGCCCUCCUUGUGGGAGCUUGGUUUGUGCCCUUUCAGUGCAAGAAGCUGAGGGCAGUUUCCCAGUUCUAGCAGUACAUUUCCUCGGUGAUUUUAUUCUGCUUUCUGGAAACUGAAGCAGUGGUCUCAAACGGUCGAGACUUGAUACCAGUCAAGUAUUUAUGACUGACAUAUUUUCAUCUGAAUACAAAUGCAUGCAACUUGAAAAAUAUGAAUCUUCCAGCAAAGGUCCUUGAGAUAUUGCCUCUCAUCAAGGCUUGUUACCCUCCUUUCCUCUCAGGUGUCACCAACUUCAGGUUUGUACAUUUUAUGCACCAGCAUCAGAGGUUUGGAAGGAAUUUCCCCAUAAAAAUGGCCUGCAAUGUGGAAAAUUUUGACUUGGGCAUAGAAAGUAAGCUGGGGCUGGUUCGACCGGCCCUAAAAGUUUAUGCUAAUGAUGCAAUUGAAGCUCUCAAGGCUGGAAAAGUUAUUGCAGUGCCGACAGAUACACUAUAUGGGUUUGCUUGUGAUGCUUGUUCUCUUGGAGCAGUUAGCCGGAUUUAUGAGAUCAAAGGGCGCAAACAUACCAGUCCUCUUGCGAUAUGUGUUGGGGAUGUAUCGGACAUAAAUCGCUUUGCUGUUACAGACCAUUUGCCCCAUGGAUUGCUCGACUCUCUCCUCCCAGGACCUGUUACUGUUGUGCUCAGACGAGGGGAGUCAAGCAUUCUUGAGAAGUCACUUAACCCAGGAUUGGAUAGUAUAGGAGUCCGGGUGCCUGAAAAUAACUUUAUUAGAAUCAUCGCUCGUGGUUCUAGAAGUGCCCUGGCCCUUACAAGUGCAAACCUAAGUGGGCAGCCUAGUAGUGUUUGUGCCAAAGAUUUUGAGAACCUUUGGGAACAAUGUGCAUACGUUUUUGACGGUGGUGUGCUGCCAUCAGGGAAAGCUGGUUCAACGGUUGUGGACCUCACCCAGCUAGGAAAGUACAAGAUCCUUAGGCCCGGGUGUGCCUGUAAAGAAACUGUUGCAAUCCUGGAAAAGCACUCUCUAAUGGAAGAAGCAACUUAAGAAAGUGUAGUUCAACACUAUGUACCACUCUCUUUGUUUUAUGGACGUAUUAUAGACUGAACAUUCAUAGAGGACAAUAGUUCUGCUUGGGCAGUGGAGAACAGUUCCAUUGACAAAUAUUAUUUGAUAAGAGCAUUUAGCUUCUCAUGGCAUUUGAAAUGAGGGUGAUGCCGAACCAUACGUGAAAUUAUGUUUAAAUGUAAAAGAAUUAUUUUUGUUAGGUAAUAGUCUUUAAAUUCUUAAGGUAUUAGUUUUUAGGAAAGUAGCAUUUUGGUUUAUCUCAUUGUAAAUUUAAUUUUGAUAUUUUCCAAGUACUUCAAGCCUAUAAGGGGCUACCUAAGUACUAGUUUUACUCAAAUUGAAUUAACUAUUUUUCUCUUGCC